AUGGACGUGCAAGAAUCUGCAGUGUCUGGUGUAGCAACUGCAUCUGAGUUUGAUCCUGAUUCAUUUGCCGAUGGUGGAAUCAUCAAAGAAUUUAAUGACAGCCGAUUUCACGAUAGAAUUACUGACUUUGAAACCGGACAUCCAGUUCCUAACGAAGCUUUGAAUACAUCAAUACCGAAUCGGGUAGAAGAAGACACAAUCAUCAUUGAACAGUGCAUGCUCCGGAGAAAUCCAGCAAUUGUAAAUGAUGGAGGGAAUGAAACCAAUGAUCACGCGUUACUUGUUGGCAUGAAGUUCGGAAUAGAGGAUAAAGAAAAGUUUUGUAAAAAUGAACCAUGUCAGCCACCCGAAUCCGUUUUAUCUGAGAGAAAAAAGAAAAUUGGAGAACCG